AUGGAAUUAGUUGAUGGACUGGAAGAGCAGGAAGACGACAAUGAUAAAGAGUCGGUAGACAGAAAGAAUGAUGAAGAUAUGGAAUUAGUUGAUGAACAGGAAGAGCAGGAAGACGACAAUGAUAACGAGUCGGUAGACAGAAAGAAUGAUGAAGAUAUGGAAUUAGUUGAUGGACUGGAAGAGCAGGAAGACAACAAUGAUAAAGAGUUGGUAGACAGAGAGAAUGAUGAAGAUAUGGAAUUAGUUGAUGGACAGGAAGACAACAAUGAUAAAGAGUCGGUAGACAGAGAGAAUGAUGAAGAUAUGGAAUUAGUUGAUGGACUGGAAGAGCAGGAAGACAACAAUGAUAAAGAGUUGGUAGACAGAGAGAAUGAUGAAGAUAUGGAAUUAGUUGAUGAACAGGAAGAGCAGGAAGACAACAAUGAUAAAGAGUUGGUAGACAGAGAGAAUGAUGAAGAUAUGGAAUUAGUUGAUGGACAGGAAGACAACAAUGAUAAAGAGUUGGUAGACAGAAAGAAUGAUGAAGAUAUGGAAUUAGUUGAUGGACAGGAAGACAACAAUGAUAAAGAGUUGGUAGACAGAAAGAAUGAUGAAGAUACGGAAUUAGUUGAUGGACAGGAAGACGACAAUGAUAAAGAGUCGGCAGUGAAUGAUGAAGAUAUAGAGCGGGUCGAUGGACAGGAGGACGACAAUGAUAAAGAGUCGGUAGACAGGGAGAAUGAUGAAGAUAUACAAUGA